AUGGCCCUCGGAAGAAGAACUCGUCAUCACUCCAGUGGAACAACUGUGACCACCACCACUACCACAACCCAUCACCCACCUGGGACCAAAGUUUCACCCAGUGGCCAAGUAAGAACCAAGCCAACCUUCAUGCAACGCCUACGUGGUAACACUACGCCACGAACCACAACUGCUAGACCAGCUCGACAACGUCGCUGGGGCGGGACCCGGACUCGACGCACUCCUGCCACAGCUACCACUCCCAGUCGCAAAACAAGCAUCGGAGACAAAGUCUCCGGCGCCAUGCUCAAACUUAAAGGGACUGUCACGCGGAGGCCGGGACAAAAAGCUGCUGGCACGAGACGAAUGCAUGGGACCGAUGGGAGUGGUACCAGGCGAUACUAG